GCCCAUUCCUCCCCCCCACUCGUCCAUGGCAGAGGGAGAAAGUAGAGCAGGCGCUCAAACACACGCCCAAUUUUAAAAGCAAGGAAGGAUAAUUUGAAUCCGGGGCGCUCCAACAUUCAGACGGGUUUUAGGAUCCUCGUGAUUCAUCAAACGGUCACUGGUGGGUGUCCUUGUGAAACAAUUUAAAUCCAAUACAGGGGAAGGAAAAAAAAAAAAACUAAAGGAGAAACAAGUUUUUGCUUUCAGAAAACAUGCUUUUCUUCCUCGCAUCCUAUAAAUAGUAGACUUUGUGCGGAGCUCUCUGUCCUCCCCAACAAAAUUAUAAUUUCUCCCUCACACUUCGAAUUUUCUACUCUCUUUUCCAUCAUUAUACCUUCUAGUCUACGUGAAGGAAUAAAUCAAUGUCUGCUUUUGAACUUUUCUUUUCCCAUUAAAAAAUACUUCCCUCUUCAAAGCUUCCUGUCAGAUCCCGAAUUCACCAGAAAUUUUUUCCCCGUUUAGUUUUCACUUCUCUAAACCAUAAUCCAAUCAGAGGGAAGCCCGUCUCGCAAAAUGCAGAAACUGAGAUGGGUUCUUGAGCUUUUGCUGAUUCUUUCAUUCUGUGAUCUGUUCUCGGAGACCUCUGCUCAACCCGCUUCAUCAGAGACCACCCCGGUUUGCAAUGAGGAGGAUAAAGCUUCUCUUCUCGCAUUUAGAAAAGGAAUAGUUAAGGACACUACGGGCGCUCUGACUUCGUGGACGAACGGAGAUUGCUGCAGCGGCGGAUGGGAGGGCAUUUCUCAGUGCAGCCCAGCAGGGAGAGUUACCGUGUUGCAGCUGCAGAGGCCAGAUGGGGAUGGGGCCACUGCCCCUUACAUGAAGGGCACCCUGUCCCCUUCUCUGGGCAACUUGCGUUUCCUGGAGGUGCUGGAGAUAAGUGGGAUGAAGUACAUUAGGGGAACUAUCCCUGAAAGCUUCUCAAAUUUAGUCCACCUCACCCAACUGAACCUGGAAGACAAUGCCCUUGAAGGGAGCAUCCCUACGAGCCUGGGGAAGUUGCCCUUGCUUCAGGGCCUCUCCUUGAAUGGUAAUCGCCUGAUGGGGCGGAUCCCUCCCAGCCUCGGAAACUUUGCAAGCCUUAAAAAUAUGAAUUUGGGUAGAAACUCCUUUGCAGGUCCCAUUCCACCGACCUUCAAGAGUCUCCAUAGCUUAGAAUAUCUUGAUCUCAGUCACAAUUCGCUAUCAGGGUCUGUCCCUGAUUUUGUAGGGCAGUUUCAAAAUCUGACCUUCAUUGACCUUUCCAGCAACCAGUUUUCGGGGUCAAUACCCAGUGCUUUGGGCAAUGUGCCUAACCUUAUGGACAUCUCAUUGAGUCAGAAUCAGCUCACAGGAAGAAUCCCAGAUCAGAUUGGGAACCUAAAAUCUCUUGCCACUCUUUCCCUCAGUUAUAAUCAGCUUACAGGCCUCAUUCCGGAGUCCAUUUCCCAAAUGCAGAACCUUUGGUCCCUUAAUGUGUCGACAAAUAGGCUCUCAGGUCCCUUACCCAAUGGGCUUGCCAAGGGCAUCCCUUCUCUGCUCUCAAUAGACCUCUCCUACAACAAUUUUAGUUUAGGAACGGUUCCAGAAUGGAUCAGCAGAAGAAAACUCACCGAUGUUCGUUUAGCUGGCUGCCAUCUCGGAGGAAUGCUGCCAGACUUUAAAGAACGGGAUUCCUUGACCUCCAUAGACCUCUCAGAUAACUACUUCACUGGAGGGAUCUCAAAUUUUUUCACUAAUAUGUCUAGCUUGCAGACUGUCAGGAUCUCAAACAACAGACUGAAGUUUGAUCUUUCAGAAGUUCAAUUGCCAAACAGCCUUGCUUCUGUCGAUCUCCACUCCAACCAGCUUUCUGGAUCACUCUCAACGAUCUUAAACGAGCACAGUAGUAGAUAUUUGGAAGCCAUAGAUGUAUCAAGAAACCUAAUUGGAGGGGAGAUUCCUGAAUUCAGAAGGGUCAUUCAUUUGAAAGUGCUGAACAUGGCAAGCAACAAUAUCAAAGGUAGCAUCCCUAUUUCAAUCUCAAACCUCACUCUGCUCCAAAAGUUUGACAUUUCAAGGAACCAUAUCAGCGGCAUAAUACCAACAAGUUUGGGGCUAUUGGUGAAACUACAGUGGUUGGAUUUGUCCAUCAAUGCACUCACUGGAAAAAUCCCAGACAGCUUGCUUGGGAUAAGAGACUUGAGGCACGCAAGCUUCAGGGCAAACAGACUCUGUGGAGAGAUCCCACAAAGGAAGCCCUUUAACAUUUUCCCUGCGUCUGCAUAUGCCCAUAACGAUUGCCUAUGUGGAAAACCAUUGCAGCCUUGCACGGGAAAGAAAUAGGGAAAAGAAGAGUGAAAAGCUCUCUGUUGCCAGAGCAACACCCACAGCUCACCCCAUGUGAGCUUGGCCACAAGAGGGAAGAGAAUAGGUUCUGUUUUUCUGCAACAGUUUGAAAUUCAUUCUUUUUUUCGUUUUUACCUUUCUCACUUUACUUAUAAGUCUGCAUUAUUUUUAGUCCUUAUCAGUUCCUAAUAUAAAAUAGGGUAUGUUUCUUUGUUGCAAUACAUGCCAGACUCUCUACUCUUAUAAAUAAAGAUGGAGAAUAUUGAUGAA